UUCACACACAUCACCAGCAAGGGCGAUAUUUGCGCGCUCCCGUCACUGUCUGGCCAUUGAAAACAAAGCUAUCUGCGCGAUUUCCACUACAGCCGAGGGAAUACGAUAGAGGAAUAUUUACAUAUAGACCAAGAAACACAAAUGAAAAUGGAUUUACAGCGAAAAUAGGAACCAGCUUGACCGGGGCCUGCUUGGAGGGCACACAGACGGCAGGACGCUCCCGAAACGGAGAAAAUUUGAGCUUUUUCCGGAGUGCUUUGUUAUUAGCUAGCUAGCUUUCUAGCUAGCUAGCCAUCAUUGUCAUUUUUGUAGCUAGCCUGCUAGCUAUCUUGCUGAAAGCGAGAGAAACACCGCCAUGUUGUUAUCAAAGAGCGAGUGUUAAGAAGCCGAUUCUUGAAUUAAAAACGGGAUAUCCCUGCACCCUGUCCACUGGUUUGAAACAGGGACCCCGAAUCAGUGCUGCAGCCGCGGAUCCCUCUAUUGUCGGCGACAUGGCGGAGCAGAGCUACUCUUCUUGGGCGUACUCCCUCGUGGACUCCAGCCAGGUCUCCACCUUCCUCAUCUCCAUCCUCCUCAUCGUCUACGGCAGCUUCAGAUCGUUAAACAUGGACUGUGAGAACCAGGAGAAGGACAAGGAUGGGAAUCCCUCUCCAGCAGGCGCCUUCAACACCAACACCAACAACAGUAUUCAGACUAUUGAUUCUACACAGGCUCUCUUCCUGCCAAUCGGGGCCUCUGUGUCUCUCCUCGUCAUGUUCUUCUUCUUCGACUCUGUCCAGGUGGUCUUCACCAUCUGCACUGCAGUCCUCGCCACCAUAGCGUUUGCGUUCCUCCUGCUGCCAAUGUGCCAGUAUCUGACCCGGCCCUGCGCUCCACAGAACAAGAUAUCCUUUGGCUGCUGUGGGCGCUUCACCUUGGCCGAGCUGCUCUCCUUCUCCCUGUCCGUCAUGCUCGUGCUCAUCUGGGUGCUGACAGGACACUGGCUACUGAUGGACGCCCUGGCUAUGGGUCUGUGUGUGGCCAUGAUCGCCUUUGUCCGGCUGCCCAGUCUCAAAGUCUCGUGCUUGCUGCUGUCUGGACUGCUCAUCUACGACGUCUUCUGGGUUUUCUUCUCCGCCUACAUCUUCAACAGCAAUGUGAUGGUGAAGGUGGCCACGCAGCCUGCAGACAACCCGCUGGACGUGCUCUCGCGCAAACUGCACCUCGGACCCGGCGUGGGCCGGGACGUGCCCCGCCUUUCCCUCCCCGGAAAACUGGUCUUCCCCAGUUCCACAGGUAGCCACUUCUCCAUGCUGGGUAUCGGGGACAUCGUGAUGCCGGGCCUGCUGCUCUGCUUCGUCCUGCGCUACGACAACUACAAGAAGCAGGCGAGCGGGGAGGCGGUGGGGCCGGGGAACAUGUCCGGCCGCAUGCAGCGCGUGUCCUACUUCCACUGCACCCUCAUCGGAUACUUCGUGGGUCUGCUGACUGCCACCGUGGCUUCCAGGAUCCACCGUGCCGCCCAGCCUGCGCUGCUGUACCUGGUGCCCUUCACCCUCCUGCCCCUGCUCACCAUGGCCUACCUGAAGGGGGACCUGCGACGCAUGUGGUCCGAGCCGUUCCACACCAAGGCCAGCAGCUCGCGUUUCCUGGAGGUAUGAUGGACCAUCAGCGGCAGCCCCGCCCCCUGGGGAGAACAGAGGGAUCCCUGUACUGCUGAGAGAGAGAGAGAGAGAGAGAGAGAGCGCACGGGAAAGCAGAGGAGGACAUCCCUCCAUCAGACACGCUCCCUCGUUCCCUCGUUUCUCUGUUUCGACACCCUGUCCUCGUCUGGCCAAAAUGACACACAGGUCCCACCCACCGCUGCAGCCAGACUGAUCGCGCUCCUCCCACUCUCCCUUAGCCCCGCCCCCGGCCCGCGGCCCCUCCCACCUCAAUAGUGUGCACCUCUCUCUCGGACUGGAAUUUGGAUUCCUCUGCUCUAUGGAGGUCAUCUUCGUCUGUUCACCACCCAUCCCUUCUUCCCUCCCUCCCUCCCUACAUCUCUCUCUUUCUCCCCCCAUCUUCAGGACACAGUUGAAGCCUCGCUAACGGACAGCUCGUGAACAGUGAUCGGGGCUCUUGGAAUCUUGUGUGUUUUUUCUUUGUUUUUUAUAUGGUUUGAAAGGACAGCGGAUGUGGAACUGCUGGGUAAUGAGGUAGCGGGUGAGGCGCUACAGGACAGCGCAAGCCCCGCUCAGUCUGGGACUAUCGGCCGGUCAGCACACUGAGGCCACCACUGCUUCUUCUCUCUCCUCCUGCCUCUCUCUCUCUCUGUACCUCUCACUCUCUCUCCCUCUGUCUCUCUCUCUGUACCUCUCACUCUCUCUCUCUCUGUACCUCUCACUCUCUCUCUCUCUCUCUACCUCUCUCUCUCUCCCACUCUCUCUCUCCUCUCUCUCUCUCUCUGUACCUCUUUCCCCUCCCAGGUAUUCACAGAUACAUGUAUUUUAUUUAGAAGAUUUUAUUCUUGGAAUAUAUGGACAUACAAAUUGAGUGUCUGUGUGUGCGACUGGGCGUGUGCGAGUGUGUGAGUGUGUCUGUGCAGAUGUGUGUGAUUACAUCUCUGUGUAUAUUUGUCUGCACACACAUGAUGGUUGUCAGUUUAGGGGGAGCACGUUUGGGGACUCGUUCAGUUUUGGAACUGCUGUGGAACAGACGGGGGGGG